GGCUUUUGCGGGAGAAGGUUCAUGGUUAAGAUUACCAAAAACCCAAAUAAAAGCCCGCCGUCGCCCCCUGCUCGCUUUCGGUCGUGCCGUGGGGAGCGCCGGUUUCUGCUUGACAGCCUGACAGGAUUCCCCAACAUGUAAGAGUUGAUGAUAAUGCUUAUCACAUCGCUAAUAAUCGUUCAUGACUUGAGUUCUGUUAGUGCCUGCAGUAUGGAAAUAUCGGCUUCGUGGAGGUCAGCAAAAUCAAAAAGGUUAUUGCCCGCUAGGCAUCCGGACCAGCCGCGUAAGUCCAGAGGGCGGAUGAGCACAGUGAACAGUCUAGAGAGCCUCACUAUCUCAGGUACUGUUGCGUAUCUUUGCGCGUUUCAUUGGUUGACUUCACACAAGGGCCAUCGAGUCAAGGUCAAUCCCCUCCUCCUCCCGCCCCGUCUGAUCACUGGAGACCGCACUGGAAAUAAUGAUGAGACGAGGCGUGCCGAUGCGAAGGGCUCCCAGGCCGACCCGAACCGACCAACGAGGCUGCCCAGUGGUGCCGGCCAAGAGGGUCCACGCUCAAGGCUUUUCUUUUCGGCUUACGCUCUUGGCCUGGAUUCCUUCUCAUGCUGAGACGAUGGACUGUGCCUCAACUUACGGAUGUCGGAUGAUGUGAUUCUGAGUGUAAGAAAGGCGAAAAGAUGACGGCGGCAUCAGCCUAAAA